CGUGUGUGCCCCAGAAUGUUGACCCUCACAUGGACUGUGAUGUUGGACAUAUGUCGGUCUCCUGGGAGUUCAGUGAAGGUGCAAUAUCAUACGUGGCUACUGCAGAAGGGAGCAAUGUGCAGCAAUGCAGUGCCAAUGAUACACUGUGUGAUAUCACCGACCUGCACUGUGGAGAGACCUACACCCUCUCAGUUUGUGCGAUUGAUGAUACCUGUGACAGUGCUGAAAGUCCUUCCGUCACAAUGAGAACAGCUUCAUGCAUCGCACAGAAUCUCGAUGUCCAGCUGGACUGUAAUAGAAAUGAUGCUUGGGUGAGGUGGGACCAUGCUAAAGGUGCAUCGUCUUACUCUGCCACAGCGGCAGGGGGCAAUGGGCACAUAGUUUCCUGCGAGACGGACAGCAGUAAAUGUCAGAUAACCAACCUGCAAUGUGGACAGAUGUAUAACGUAACUCUGGUUACACUGGAUGGGGUGUGUGACAACUCGCAAACGCCUCCGUUUCAAUUUAACACUGCACCUUGUGCACCAGAGGACAUCUCCACCAGUCUGAACUGUGACACCAAGAGUACAUCAAUGGCCUGGGAGGAGAGUGAUGGGGCGAUGUGGUACAUUACAACAGCAGAAGGACAAGAUGGACACAUUUCACUGUGUAACACAACGGGGCCAAGCUGUGAAUUCAUGGACCUGCACUGCAGUCAAACGUACUCAAUAACUGUAACAGCGAUGGACAGUUACUGUCAGAGUGUAAACACCUCCAUUUAUGAAACUGAAACAGCCCCUUGUCCCCCUCAGAACGUACACGCUGAUAGUGUUGCCCUCACUGCCUUUGUAACAUGGGAGCAGAGUAAUCUCACAGUGUGGUACACUGCAACAGCGGAGGGCAGCGAUGGACACACGGCCACUUGUACCACGUCCGACACAAACUGUCUAAUCCCAGAUCUUCACUGCAGCCAAACGUACAGCAUCUCCGUGCUCGCAAUUGGUGAAACCUGCAGCAGUCUCCAAGGCUCACGUUCUGAAAUUUAUACAGCACCUUGUGCCCCAGAUGAAAUAGUUACCAAUGUGGAUUGUAACUCCAAUAGAGUGGUGGUUUCAUGGGGCCAGUCUAAUGGAGCAAACGAAUUUGAUGUAACAGCUGAAGGAAGUGAUGGCCAUACACACUCAGCCAACACAACGGAGACACACUAUGAAAUGCUGGAUUUACACUGUGGACAAUCCUAUAACAUAACUGUAACGACACUGAGUUACAGCCGGCACGGCAUUUCAAGUAACUCUGUCCAAAUCCAAACUGCACCUUGCAUUCUGGAGAACCUAUCGGCUGAGGUGACCUGCAAUUCGAAUGCAAUCUCCUUUACAUGGAAUGACACGGAUGGAGCAAAAUUAUACACCGUCACCAUUCAAGAUAGGCAAAACGUAACGGCCUCUUUCAACAUAAGUGAUACAAGGGCUCAAAUCCCACAGCCGCAAUGUGGUGAAUAUUACACAAUCUCUGUUCUGGCCACGGACGACGUCUGCAAAAGUCCUCAGAGUGCAGAGGUGAAUGUACAAGCAGGACCAUGCACUCCACAGGGCAUUGCUGCUCACAUUUAUUGCAAUAGCCAUAGUGUGUCGGCUUCAUGGGAACAGAAGGAUGGGAGUGAUUUCUACAUUGCGACUGCAGAAGCAAUUGAUGGGCACACACAAUCUUGCAGUGCACACGAGGCAGCCUGUGAAAUCUUGGACUUACGCUGUGGGCAAUCAUACAACAUAACAAUAGUAGCAGUUAAUGAAGUAUGCAACAGCUCGCAAAGUCCAGUGAUAUAUGUUCAGACAGCACCAUGUAUCCCAAAGAUUAUUUCGGCUCAAGUAGACUGUGAUACCAAUGAUGUAUUGGUAUCCUGGGAGCAAAGUAAGGGGAGUGACCUUUACCUUGCUACUGCAAAAGCAACAGAUGAACACGAACAUCAAUGCAAUACAGUGGAGACAACCUGCAAAAUAUUUGACUUGCAUUGUGGACAAUCAUACAAUAUAACAGUAAAAGCUGGUAAUGAGAUGUGUAACAGUUCAGAGAGUGUACAAAUCGGUCUUCAAACAGGGCCAUGCACCCCAGGGAAUAUUUCUGCCUUUGUGGAUUGCAGUACUAAUGCUGCAGUCGUGUCAUGGGAAAUGAGCAAUGGGACUGAUUGCUAUGUUGCAACUGCAAUGGGAAGCAUUGAAGAAACACACUCAUGCAUUGCGGAAGAUGAAACGUGUGAAAUAUAUGGCCUGCAGUGUGGAGAAACAUACAAUGUAACUGUGGUAGCUGUUAAUGAAAUGUGCAACAGUUCAGAAAGUACAGUGUGGAGUUUCCAAGGAGUGCCAUGUAAUCCACAAUACCUUGGUGCUGACGUGGACUGUGCAAAUAACUCCAUGAGGCUAUCUUGGGAUCACGUUGAUACAGCAAUAUCAUAUAUGGCGUUUGUCAAUGCUAGCAGUAAAGAGCAACUUCACUGUGAUACAACUAACACAACUUGUUACAUUCAGCAUCUGAGCUGUGCCACCAAAUAUAAAGUGUGGUUUUAUGCUUAUGAUGGACUUUGUACAAGUAUAAUUAAAUCUGCAUAUGACGUCAACACAGUCCCAUGUCCACCAGAAGACAUUGAAGUUGUAUCAGGCCCUGCUAGCAAUGGUGUGCAGGAGCUGGAAGUCAACUGGAACGACAGUCACUGUGCUGCAGACUAUGAAGUAGAUAUAACAGGACAAAUUGAACAAGAUCCUUUCUCCAUGUUUACAUUGCGCUCAUAUUGGACAACCAGAACGUUUUUCCAGUUUCCCGUUCCUUGCAGUUCCACAUAUGACAUUUUUGUUACAGCUAGGAAUGUAGCAGGAAUCAGUAGCCCGAGCGCUCCCUUACUUGGUCUCACUGUUCCUUGCCCUCCAACCAACCGAACUGCUAUUUUGGAAAAUGGUGCGCUAUUUAUAUCUUGGACGGAGUCAAUUUAUGCCUCAGAAUACAUUGUGUAUGCAGCUUCCAAUUUAGAAAGGAAUGAGAUUUGCAGAACUGCAGCACUCUCUUGUGAAUCUCCUAACGUUGAGUACAACACAAUUGAAAUUGUUGCUUUAAACUCUGCUGGCAAAAGUGAAAUCACCAAAAUCACUGUUUUGUAAGGUUAUUCAUCCUCCCCAAAGGAACUGUAUUAUGCCAGAUCACCAUAUAUUGCAAGAAGGACGAAAAGGAUGUCGUGUAUGUUACAGCUGUAGUGAAAGGGGCUGCAUCCAAUUAUUCUAAUAGUUGUUUCAAAAAAUAUUGUCAGGUGGAAGAUUAUGGUUCAGUUGGAUCACGAAAUGCAGCAAGCGAAGAAAUCGUCUAAACACACUAUUUGUGAUUACCAAAAUCUGAUCUCACGUUGAUGUAAAAAAUUACAAACCAUUUUGUUUAGUCAGUGAUGUUAAUGCACCUUUUUUUAAUCACUUUGACUGUUUACCAACUGUGUCUGGUAUCCUCAGAGAUAGUAAUGGAAUUUACAAGUCCUAUAGAUGUUAGACUUUUUCCUAAUAUAUAAUGAUUUUUUUUUUAAUUUUUAUGUUUCUAUUAUGAUUAUUUACUGCAGCAUACCUUCAUAAUGUAAGAACAAAUAAAUAGAAUGCUUUUAUUUGGAGUUUGUGUGCAUACGAAAAGAAAAUGCAAUUUUGCUGUAGACGCCAAGUACAAUUACUUCAUGACCUGUAUAAAAUUAUAUUUUUACUGAUUUCAUUGUAAAAUACUGGCUCUAUAUUUGAUGCAUAUAAAUAAAACAAUUCUCAGCA